CUUCUUUAAUUUAUUCUGUUUGUUAAAAUAUCUAUGAAAGAUUAUGGUAAAUUCAUUGGUUUUCAUUAAAAAAAUUGACCUUUGGGACUGUCGUGACAUCAUCACAAUUGACUUCUAGAGGCUAAAAGUAAUCAUCGUGAGGAAUGUAACCUCGCAAUUGAUCUGUCAACAAGACUUUCAUAAACAAGUUAAAAGUAGUUUUUGCUUGUGUACAUGGUUAGAAAAUAACAAAUUUAUUGCACCCUAAGGAAAAAAACCAACAUACAAAAUGGGUAAAAGGCAGCAUCAGAAGGACAAAAUGUAUUUGACCUAUACAGAGUGGUCUACUCUGUAUGGAGGAAAAAGACCAACCAUACCGGGCCAGCAGGAAUUUCGCCGAUUGCCAUUCGACCACUGUUGCGUAUCAUUGAACCCGUACGAACAUCCGUACUGUGACCUCGAUGGCAAUAUUUUUGACUUAGAAUCUAUAAUCACUUAUUUAAAAAAAUACAAGAACAACCCGGUCACUGGAAAGCCUUUGGAUUCAAAAUCUCUUAUAAAAUUGAAUUUCUAUAAGAACCAAGAAGGCAAGGUGGAGUGUCCAGUGACAUUCAAGCAGCUCACGUCCCACAGCCACAUCGUUGCAAUCGCAACAACAGGAAAUGUUUUUUCAUAUGAUGCAGUGGAAAGGUUGAAUUUCAAGACUAAGAUGUUGAAAGAUUUAAUCACCGAUGCGCCUUUCAAAAGAAGUGAUGUAAUUACCCUCCAAGACCCGGCCAAUCUUCAAAAAUUCAACAUUGAAAAGUUCUACCAUGUUAAGCACAAUUUGAAACUGCAAGAAGCUGAAGAAAGUGAUAAUGAUACUGGAAAUUUGAAAACCGUCAAUAAAGUGACAGUAGACAUCCUGAAAGCACUUGACGAAGAGUACAAAGUCCCUGUCGUAACCCAAACUGAAACUCCAAAAGCAGACAAAUUCAAUGCAGCCCAUUAUUCGACCGGUAAAGUUGCUGCAGGAUUCACAUCGACAACAAUGGCCCCAGAGACAACACACGAGCCUGCAAUCGUCGCCGAGGAUUUAGUCAGGUAUGAGAGGGUAAAGAAGAAAGGCUAUGUCAGGCUUGUGACAAACAUGGGGUUCCUCAAUUUAGAACUCGACUGUGAUGUAGUCCCAAAGACUUGUGAAAACUUUAUAAAGCUUUCGCAAAACGGCUAUUACAACAAUACUAUAUUUCACAGAUCGAUACGACACUUUAUGGUCCAAGGUGGAGAUCCGACUGGUACUGGCACAGGAGGGGAGUCCUACUGGGGUAAGCCUUUUGAAGAUGAGAUUAAACCUCAUUUAACACAUACCGGAAGAGGUGUUCUUUCCAUGGCAAAUUCUGGUCCAAAUACCAAUAAAUCGCAAUUCUUCAUCACAUACAGAUCGUGUAGGCAUUUAGAUGGUAAGCAUACUGUGUUCGGAAAGAUCGUAGGAGGGCUGGACACGCUUUCAAAAAUAGAAAAGAUUGAGGUUGAUAAUAAGGACAAACCUAUCGAACCGAUUAGAAUACUAGCCGCCCAAGUUUUCGUCGAUCCUUAUCAGGAAGCUGACGAAAAGCUGAAUGCUGAGAGGGAGGAGGAAAAGGAGAAACAGUUGGCCGAGCUUCAGGAGAAGCAUAAGCCAAAUUUUCUGACCAACCAGGUUUUCAAAGACGGAGUUGGAAAAUACAUCAACCCAAAAAUUCUUAGUUCAAAGAUUAUCAAUGAUGAAGAGGAGAAACAAGUUCCAGUUAAGAAGAAAAAAACUGUUCAAGGUUACAGCUUUGGUAGUUUUAAAGAUUGGUAACGACUCUUGAACCGUCGAACCACAUGCAUUUAUGUAAAUAAAAUAUCAUUGUAAAUAUCGAGCUACUUUGAUUUUCUGUUAAACAAUAAAUAAAAAUCUACGACAUCAGA